AUGAAUAAAUAUAUGGUGUCCCAUUCCUGGCAGAUCCUGAGGAAGAAAUUGGGUCUGUACCGGCUCUCCAUGGACAUCAUCAUGAUGAAUCGAGUGUGUAAAAUGUUCCGUCAAGGCCUCAGGGGAUUUCGGGAAUAUCAGAUCAUUGAGACUGCUCACAGAAAGCACCCUAUCUUCUCUUUCUGGGAUAAGAAGAAAGAAGGCCGAAUCACAUUUGAUACUAUGGACUUUGUUGCAGAGUCGGGUCACUUCCCUCCAAGGGCCAUUCAGAUCGCGCAGAAGAAGCCCUCUUGGAGGGCAGAGCACGAGAUCCAGUCGCUCUGCAACCUCUUGCAGGUUCUGGACAGUUACCGGAACUACUCAGAGCCCCUGCAGCUGCUCCUGGCCAAGGUCAUGCGCUUUGAAAGGUUUGGUCGCAGGCGUGUGAUCGUCAAGAAGGGCCAGAGGGGCAACAGCUUUUAUUUUAUCUACCUGGGCACGGUGGCCGUGACGGAGGACGAGGAUGGCAGCAGUGCCUUCCUGGAUCCCCACCCGACGUUGCUGCAAAAGGGCAGCUGUUUUGGGGAAAUGGGCUCUCUCACCUCUUCAGUGAGGAGGGCCACCGUGGUCUGUAUGGAAGAAACGGAGUUCUUGGUUGUCGACCGAGAGGAUUUCCUGGAGAAUAAGCUGGACCAAGAAAUUAAAAAGGAUGCUCAGCUUCGGUUUGAAUUUUUUAGGAAGAUGGACCUGUUUCACUCCUGGUCUGAUGAGACGCUCUGGAAGCUCGUAGUCCUGGGGAAGGUAGAGAAGUUCUCCUACGGGCAACUGAUCUCAAAGGACUUUAUAGAAUCAUCCUCCAUCAUGUUUGUCUGUGAGGGCAUGUGUGAAGUCCUGAGGUUGAUAGACCUUGAGACGUCGCCCUUCUACCAUAUGUGGAUCUGGGAGCAUCUGCGGCUGAUAGACGACGGACCUCCAAACAUCCACCUGAAGGAUUUGUCUCCUGUGGAGAGAUUUAAGGAAUUCCAGAUCAGGUCAUAUCCUGUACAGGAUUUUAGUUUUCUGAAGCUUUUUCAUCUCCAGAAAGCCCAGGAGCAAGAAGGAUCCAGCUUCAGUAGGAAGAUUAAAACCUCAGGAAAUACUCUCCCAAAGACCUUCGGCUCAAAAAUCAAGUCCAGGUGUACUCAUUUGAUCGAAUGUCCCAUGAUCCAAACCAAGUAUGGUGAUCUCCCCAAGGAGGCUGCGGUGGGGGCCUACAUGAAGAUCCAAACUGUGGAGCAAGGCGAGAUCUUGGGCCUUCACCAGAUCCUCCUCCCGGAGAGCCAACAUGACACGCGGCCCUUGAUCCUUGUGAGCCUGGGAGCUGAGGUGAUACGGGUCAGGAAAGAAAAAUUUUGUGAACUGCUUGACAGUAAUACAAUAGAAAAAUUGUCAAAGUUCAGUAUCAAGUACCCCAGGUCAGUGCUGGAAAAGGGUGUGCAUUCCGCCAGAUCAAAUGAACAAUUUUUUACCUCUUAUUUUAGUAAAAGAAAAAAAGUGAUAAUAUCUAGUUCUGACAAGGGUAGAAUGAAACUGGUAAUUGCUGAUACCCUCUAAAUUGACUCAAUCCUUUUGAUAAUAAUUUUAGAUAAUAAUGUUUCAAGGGCCCAAAAC